CUUCCGCAUACGACUCACGCCGUCGGGCAUAACUGAUUCGCACGUAGUCAAUGCAAUGCCUACUUUCUAAUCGACUUGACUCCAUGGGCGGUGGGUUUAUGCUGUGACAAGGCGCUAUCAUAUUUGAUUGUGUUUGAUCUAUUUUCUUAAGACACAAAAUAACAGGGUCAAAAUGUGUUGAAAGAUUAAGCGUGUUCAAUCUCAAAUAUCCAAGUGAAGGGGGUAGGCUGGCCCAAUUUUAACAGUGCAGAGGGAAGCAGCCAAAAUUUAAAGAGACGAACGGCAAAGAUCUGUGUCAGUUACACACAGGGCAGCCAGCUGAAAGGAUCUCGUGGACAGUUUCAUUUGACGAUAUGGGAAACCGCAGCGGUUCAAGGGCUAAACACGACGAUGAGCGUCAGCCUCUGGCGAGCGAAAGCGCCGAAGAUCGGGUUCUGCCACGCCCACCACGUUGUGACACCGAGGAUUUCAAGAUCGACAUCGUGCCUUUGCCCAAUUGUGGAGUGCAAGUUGUAGUCCAUGACAAUAGGAAGUCAGCACCGUCCAAUCAGCCUAGAGACGGUGAUAUUGUGUCGCUGUGGUCAGUGAUGUCCAAUGCAGGAGAUGGAUUUCUGCAAGUGACCAACGUGAAAGUGGACCCGGACAAAGACGAAUACGUUGUUGAUAUGGCCGGAACAUUGGACGCUGAUGCAACGAAGUUUACUUGGCAGAGCAAUUUUCCUGCAACUGCUCGGAAGACUGAUUCUCCUCAAGAUGUGCCUUGGUAUGUAGUUACCGAUCUCGACCCAGUUAUUUUGAAAAUCCGCGGCUACCAAUUUAAGCAAGAUGGAGAUAACACAUGGUAUACAAUUACUGUGGAUGGCGAUAUAGUUGUCGCAAAACCUGAGAACCCCUCAAAUGAGUCAAAUGACGUAGACGCUUCACAACCGACCCAUUCUCAAAUAUUCAACCCGUCAAGGUGGCCAGUGUAUACAAUGCCAGAAGUUGGACGAAACAUAAGGUUCAACAUUUACAGUGCCGGAAGUAACGUGUUUCUUGGGGCAAGCGCAGACGGCACAGCUCGCAAAGUCUCGCAGGAAGGAGAUCCAGAGGGCGCUAACUACUACUGGCCGAAUCCCGCCAUUUUGUUCUUAGUCUACGAUAGGGGGCAACCUUAAAAUUAUUACUGUCAAGGAUGCAACGGCUUUGCACCGAAGAAAUAAUGCUUCCAAUUCACCUGCUUGGAAGAUAAAACUUUAAUUUGCAUUAGCCAAGGACGGAGAUUAGACAAUUUUUCCUGAAAUACAUUACUCAAAAGUAGUAAACUGUUAAUCAUGUACUCUGGUAGAUAUGUUAGACCCCAUUCCCAUAGUACCAUCAUUCACGUGGACCGAUCCAACUCUGGGGUGGGGGGGUGGUCUCUUGCUAAGUGCAAGGAGCUAAACUGAAUGACAUGUCUCCUCUUUUUCUCAGCAUUCUCGUAAAGUCACCACCUUUUCUGUAUUGUACUUAACGUCAGGAGGAGGCAGACAGCGAGAUCCCUGCAGAGUUGGUUCGAUCCACAUAGACUAUGGUAUCUAUAGGAUUGGGGCCUUAUAGUGGUGAGGAGGUGUUUUAUAAUAUACCGGUGCCUGUAGGUUCAAGACUUUAUGUCGUCUGAUGGCCAGUGCACUACACUGUAAGUGAGACUAAAAUGACUAAUAUCAGCGAUGAGAGUUUGCCCCUAUUUUUGGUACAUGAUUGCCAUUUACUAAAGAGAAUACAUUUCACGUGCAUUAACUUUAAGAGAGAGAGAGAGAAAGAGACAGGUGAUUAAGUGUAUAGAAGCACAAGCUAAUUAAUUGUCUACCAGGGUAUUCUUCAUAUUAACCUUCAAACACUCACGCAUACUUCAGAUAUUCUGUAUAUGAUUCACUUGCCUUUAUUAUGAAUUUCUUUGAAAACCAUUCCGAACUGGAUGUAAAAAAAGUCAAUGCGACAAUGAGGACUUACCCUCUUCCGCAUACGACUCACGCCGUCGGGCAUAACUGAUUCGCGCGUAGUCAAUGAUAUGCCAACUUUCUAAUUUAUGCUGUGACAAUUAAGGCACUAUCCUAUUUAUUUUUGUUUGAUCUAUUUUCUUAGAGAAAAAAAAAGAUGAAGAACAGGGUCAAAAUGUGAUGAAAGAUUAAGUGUUCAAUGUCAAUAUCAAAGUGAAGUGGGUAGGCUGGCCCAAUUUUAACAUCGCAAAAGGAAGCAGCCAUAAUUUAAAUGCACGAAUAGCAUAGAUCCGUGUCAGGUACACACCGGGUAGCCAGCUAAAAGUAUCACGUGGACAGUUUCAAUGUUAGUCAUUAUAUGUGGAUAUUCUGAUUUGAAAGGAAUAGCUUUAAUGCAGUUUAUAUAAGUGUGUCGCCCAACAUGUGUCUACAUUUCAGAGCGUGUGUGUACACGCGCGCGCUUGUGUGUACUUUAUAGUACAAUGAAUUUAAGUCAAGGUUGCCAAUUACUUUACUGAGUGCGUAUCAUAUAAAAGCGGACUCAAUAUAUAAAUAGGCUUUGUUUGUUAAACCAGGGAAUUAUGUGUGAGAUAAUACACUGUCACCCGAGCGAUAUAUGCCAUAACACCU